AUGCUGGAGAAGAAUCCAAAGCAGUGGCAUGAGAAGUUAUCAAAGACUUUGUGGGCAUACAGAACUUCAAAAAGAGAAGCAACUGGCAUGACCCCCUAUGCUCUAACCUACGGCCAUGAUGCAAUUCUUCCCAUGGAGGUAGCAGUCCAGUCUCUUAGAAUUGCUCACCAGCACGGUCUCACUGGAGAGGACUACUCUCAAACCAUGUUGCUGGAGUUGGAAGAAUUGGAUGCAAGCAGGAUUGACACCCUCAACAAACUCUUAGCAGGAAAACAGGCUGUGUCGAGGGCCUACAACAAAAGAGUCAGAAACAAGAGUUUUGAAGAGGGAGAAAUAGUCUGGAAGGCAAUUCUACCCCUCAGAACACACAUAGCUGGAUAUGGGAAAUGGUCACCCACAUGGGAAGACCCUUUCAUAAUUAACCAGAUCCUCAGAAUGGGGGCAUACAGGUUGCAAGACUGA